GCUUACACAUCUUAAACUAAUUUGCUCUCCCACGCCGCGCGAAGAUAACACGCCUAUCUAAAAACAACACAAACAAAGGACGCGGCGCCCGGGAGCUGCAAAUAUGAAUAAAUGGCGCGCUGGAAGGUAGGUCAAGAAACUCGAGCCGGCACAGCCGAGCGAAGCGCGCCUCCGCACUUCUUGUGCAACCUCGCCCCACAGCGAAUUAGUUUAACUAUCACCAAUGUUCACGGCCGCUUUUUUCUAACAGCUUUUAGAAAAUUCGCGAUAAUAAGCAUCGGGGUAGCGAUUUGAAGCGAGUUAACAACGCUUUCGCAGCGGCGUCAGUCGCCGGUCGCAGUCCGGCCGCAGUCCGGCCGCAGUCGCGCGCUCCACGCCGACGUUUGCACACCGCACGCGCAAAAACCGAUACCGUAACACUUUGGCAACGGAUCCUUUACAAUCGAGUUAGUCAACGCGGUGAAAGGCCGUCCGCUAGUAUAAAAUAAAAAAAGAAAAUCCAAUUGGACACAGUGAGCGCAAAAUGAGAUCAGCGCUGAUCCUCCUGCUGGCCCUAGCGGCGGCCGCCGUCGCCGAGUUCGGGGAGGAGCCCUGGGUGGAAGAGGAGGAGCUCGACGAGCCCUACAACGAAGAGGACUACCGGCACGAGCGUAAGACACGUGCCGCCGACGAGGAGGAGGAGACCGUGCCCGAUUGCCACAAGCGCGUGCGCCGUGACGCCGCCGCAGAGCCGGGGCGCGGCAGGCGGCCACGGCGUGUGCACCAGUACGAGGUGCACGAGUACCACGAGGAGGGCGCACGGCCCGCGGCGCCCUACGAGGAGAUGCUGGCGGCGAGCGCCGACCACUACCACAGGGCGUACGCUGCGCCAUCCCAACUCGACGACAAUGUGAGUCGCAGAUCCGGUGCGCCGGGUGCCCAUGUGCCGUCUCUCAAUCCCGCUCAGUUCGCGGCCGCGCCGGCCGCACUAGCUUCCUUCCAAAAGACUCCCUUAAAUGUUGCUAACCCCGCACACGUGGCUAACUUCGCUUCGGAGUCGGGUCCGGGUCCGGUAGCACUCGCGGCGGCGAGCGGGCUAGCACCUGUUGCGGGUGCUGGCGGACCGGCUCCGCGUCGCCUAGCAGACGACCAGCUGAGCGCGGCGGGUGCGGCAGGCCACCGCCAGCAGCUACGUGACGAUGGCUGGAUCGCGCAGGGCGGCGGACACGCCAACAAGGGACACCACUAUAACGAGCGCGGCGGAAAGGCAAGCAAGGGAUUCGAUUCCGACCACUACGUAGACAAAGGUGCGAAGGGUUUCAAAAAGGACGAGAAGCACCGCAAGGAGUACGAGGAGGCUGCGGGCAAGAAAAGCAAGCACCACGACCGCGCGGCGCACUCCGGCGACCAUGAGGAGGAGGCCUUCGGACACCGGGGAUCCAACUUUGCCGAGAAGAAGGGCCACAAGAAAGGCCACAAAACUAAGGGUUUCCACAACAAGUACCACAAGGACGAGUUCAAGAAGGAACACAAGUUCUACGACGACUUCCACAAGAGCGGCGAGCACCACCGUUUCGGCAAGUUCAACGCCAAGCACGCCUCAAAUGAGAGCGGCAAGAAGCGCGCGCAUCACCUCAAUGCAGGACAUGACUUCCUCGAGCACGGAAAGAAGGGAUACAGCAACAAGGGGCACAUCGACGCUGACCACAAGGGCUACAACGGCAAGAACGGUCACGAGGAACACCACGAGAACCAUUCGCAGUACGGCAAGAAGGGGGGCCGCGGCGGGGGCAGGAGCUGGGGACACGACGCAAAAAACUAACCGCGCAACAACACAGCCUCGUCAGGAACAUCCUUGGAUGAAACCUCAUAUACAUACAACAUGGUGUUAUAUCAUACAUGUUUUGACUGUGAGAAUUUGUUAUAUUGUUGGGGCCAAAUAUAUCUUAUAGAUGUAAUCAAGAUAAUGAAGUUAUAUAUAACUUGAUUGAAUUUAAGUUUAUGUGAUGUAGAUUCAUGAAUAUUUUUAUAACUGGUAUUUAAAUUAUGUGUAGUUGUUAGUUAUAGACAUAGAAAAUAUAUACCUCUUUUAAUAUUUAUCAGUUCUCAAGUUAAACUUAUUUAACAGAAUAGUUAUAAUUUUCACAAUGCUCUAACAUUGUGAAAUUAUACGAAAUUUUUGUAAUACCGAAAUUCAAUUGAAAUUGAUUACCUAUUUAAAUAAAUCAAUUUCGUUUAAUUAAUUUUUAAUAGUAUCAAAAAAAAUUGUUUAUAGCUUAUGGGAAAUCGCACAAAAUCUAGUAAUGUGUUACCUAAACAAAACCUCCAAAUAAUUAUUGACUUCUUUUCUGCCGACACAUUUAUUUCCGCAUGAUGAUAAUUAAUAGUGCCCAUUAUUGCAAUGAUUAUGAUUUAUUUACCUAUAGAUAUUUUGAUGUUUUAUAUAAGCCCGGAGCGAACAAGCCAUAAAAUGUAUUAAUGGAAUUAGAUGUAUACAAGAUUUUAAGACUUUGUAUCAUUUUGUAACUUGUAAAUAAAAACAUAAAGAAAU